AUGGCAACACUAUAGCUGAAAUACUUUAAUGGUCCUGACAUCUGACCUAAGUGUUGCCACCAACCUUUAUGCAGUAAGAUAUGUUUUCCUCUACGCUGCCGACAUGCUGAGCCGUAUAAUGACUCACUAGAUUCGCGCCGUACGCCGCCUAGGCACCACGUGUGUUUUCUUCUUCUCCAAAAUGACAAGCAGGAAAAGGCCUCUUACAGUGAACGAAGCUUUGGACAUUUUAGAGGAUGAAGAUGAGUUCUUUGAUGUAUAUAUGGAACCCCCUGAUGUUCGUGAGCUUACUGAUGAAGAUUCUGCAAGUGAAGAGGAUGAACAACCAGAAAGACUUUGUGGGAACCAACUUUUGGCUGGAGCAGAAAUUCGCCGUCGUGGUGUAGCAGAUGUCGGCAAAUCUGACGAUGAUGAACCUCACACGGAAACCGCCAGACCCCCCAGUAAGAAGGCAAAAAAAAUCCGUCAAGAACCUCUAAAAUGGAUAAUAGGAGAGAAAAUAAUGGAUGGAUUGCCUUUGUUUCCUGAGCCUGACUAUAGCAAGUACAGAGAUUUUUCUCCUACAGAACUCUUUGAGUUAUUUUUUGAUGAGGAACUUUUUGAGUUCAUAGUUCAGCAGUCCAAGCUUUACUGUGCUUAUAAAAACUGGCCAGACAUCAGUGUCACUAAGGAAGAAAUCAAAGUAUUUUUUGGUAUACUCGUAUUGAUUGUGUCUGGAUAUAAUCCCAUGCCCAGUAAAGCCUCAUUCUGGUCCUCUAGCCCUGAUCUUCGUAAUGAGGCUGUCUGUAAUGCUAUGCGCAGAGAUAGGUUUGACAGGAUUAUGAGGUGUCUACAUUUCAAUGACAACACUAAGCUAGAUGUAGAGGACAAAUAUACAAAACUUAGGCCCCUUAUACAGCACCUUCAGAAACGAUCUAUGGACCAUUUCAUUCCCACCCAAGCAAUUUCUCAUGAUGAGGCUAUGGUCAAAUAUUUUGGCAAACAUGGCUGUAAGCAGUCUAUUCGCAAUAAACCCAUUAGGUUUGGCUAUAAAGUCUGGUGCCAAAACACUGUUUCAGGCUAUCUUGUUGCAUUUGAACCUUAUCAGGGAAAGUCACACAAAGGUAACAUUGAAUUGCAAGCUAAGUUUGGGAAGCCAGCAGCAACAGUUCUAGAACUGAUUGAUGAAUAUAGCACAGAGAAAAGGAAUCUCUCUUACAGUUUCUAUUUUGACAAUUAUUUUACUACAAUACCACUGCUGAUAGAACUAAAGGAGAGGGGGUACAAUGGUACUGGAACAAUUAAAUCUAACACUGUAGGGAAGGACUGUCCUCUAAUGCAAUCCAAAGCAAUGGAGAAAAAAGAGAGAGGCUAUUUCAUGAGUGCGACAGCAUCAGACAAGAACGAAUCGGUAGUAUUAUCGCGGUGGAAAGAUAAUGCGGUAGUAACUGUAGCCUCUUCCCUCUAUGGUAGUGAACCAAUUGGUUCUGUAGACAGAUGGAGUAGAGUGGACAAAAAGAAAAUAAAAGUCAGUAUUCCUCAUGGAAUUAAAAUGUACAACAAAGGUAUGGGAGGGACUGAUAGAAUGGAUCAAAACAUAAAUAAAUAUAGAAUUUCAAUAAAAAGCAAGAAAUGGUGGUGGUCUUUGUUCACAUGGAUGUUGGACAUGGCAGUCCAUAAUGCAUGGCAACUAUCGAAAGGACAAGGCAGUGCACUAACACAACUGCAGUUUCGUCGAGAAAUUGCUGCUUGCUACCUAAAUCAGUUUGGAAUUUUACCCAAAGGUAAAGGAAGAAAAUCGACUACUCUUCCAGCACAACAUUUUGUAAGAUAUGACAACUUAGGACAUCUUGUUGAACCUGUCCAGGAUAACAAAAAAAGAAGGUGUGCAAAUACUGGUUGUACUUCAAUUGGCCGAACUCAGUGUUCAAGAUGUAAUGUGGGAUUGUGUGUGAAGUGUUUCAGAGAUUACCACACUAAGUAAGGAAAUAGACUUAUUUUACAAUUAUAGUGUGCAAUGGCAAACUUGGCACAAUGAAUAUAUUUUCAUGCAAUUCUUAGCUAUUUCUACUUAUUUUUUAUUUGCAGAAAUCACGGUUAAAAUAUUUUGUAAACAUGAAAAUGAAUAAAACGUUGGUUUUGUAUA